AUGCUGGAAAUGAUGCCUCCAGAUGCCAAGAAGAAGCUGCAGGAGCAGUUUGGCCCGCUGGCUGUUCGUGAAGUCCCCAAGUUCCACAUCCAGUUUCCAAAGCAGUGUGGUCUGCCGGUAUCGGAUCCUGGAUGCAGAAGGCAAUGCCAACAGCUGCUGCAAGAAGCCUAUGCCAAUGCGCUGACCUGUCCAUGGAUGUCCGAAUGGGCGAUGCAGACCGGUGAAAUGCAGUUUGACGAAGCCUCCCUGGUGAAGCGCUACAAUGGGCUCCUGGGAGCGGAGUGGCAUGCGAAGCACCCACAUCUGAAGCCAGGAAGCAUCAUCAGGGCACGUGAAGAGAUGGAGAAGCAGCGGUACUCGGAGCUCAUUCGCACGAGCUUCUGCAACCAUGCUUGCAGGCGGGAGAUCCUUCACAAAGGCACGACGCACGUGGCCGUUGGCUUCAACGACCUCGGGCUUCUGUUGUCCUGCGAGAUGCGGGAUGAGCCUUCGAAGAACAUGCUGGGGCCAUUGCGCUUCAUCGGCUUGGAUGCCAGCGCAUACUCCGUGGCCAAGACCAAGGUAGUUGCAGAGAUGCUGAAGCGCGACAUACCACUGAACCACGUUCUCCAGGUGUGGUUCUCCUCCACCUGCAGCAAAGCAGCUGCGCGAAACUUUGCCGACGCGGCAAAGGCCGUGGCCAGAAACGUUGACCAUCAGCAAGUGAAGUCCUUCCUAUCCCACUGGGUCGCUUGCGCAAAUGUGCCGCUGCUCGAAGCCCGCAAACUGUGGCUGGCGACAAGAGAAGGCCGCAAUGGAACGGACAUCACAUCAAUGAAGCGGGAGAAGGACCAGCUUCGGAUGUGCCAGUACUUCCUCACGGGGGACGUUUUCGAUUCAGAGCAACCUGAAGUGGGAAAUCCCUCGAUGUGGUCGGUGCCGGAUGGUUCGCCGCCAAUCGCGCGGGGCGAGAGCGCUUUCAAUGCCGUUGAUGUUGAUGAUUUGGUUGAAGGGCCGAAGAAGGAUAACAUCGCGAAGUGUUUGGUGAAGGUGCUGCUGCAAAGGCUACAGCGUCUGCGCGAAUCGAUACAGAAGGGCCUCAUCAGAGUCGAGCUGCUGUGUGAGUUUGUUGAAGCAGAUGCCCCUAUUGCAAAGUGGAUUGCCGAGCAACGGCCAUGGACAAUGUCAUGGUCGAAUGUGUUGGACUACAUGGCGCCCGCCCAUUUCCACAAGUUGGCAAGGGACUGCUCAGUUCACGGGGAUACCGUACACUAUGCCUACUCCAUGAACUGGAUUGCAGAAGUAGUUGGCACCUGCAUCCUGGAUUACGCUGACCUUGGGCAGCGCAAGCAAAUUAUCGAGGCAGCUCACCAAACCUUGGAUGAGACAUCCAGGAUAGCUCCUGCCGGAAGGUUGUUGCUGCUCCCGCCUCACGACAGCCCACUGAAUACUACCGGCUAUCUGCUGUCCAUGGCGCUGCAUAAGCAAUGGACGAAGUAUUUUUUCGACCCGAAAUUCACUGGCCGCGAAGUGCAAGUGCAAGUUGGAGUCGCAUCUUUGCAGACGUACAACCCAUUGGCGACCAAUCCGACCACUCUCUCACUCACCUGGACCUACGAUGGCAGUAUUCAGCUGCAGGGUACAGCAGGGUCGAGUUUCGCAGACGACCCCUUCGAUUCGUUGCCUGACUGCCCGGUCAGCUGA